AACCAUUUGAUGGUUCUGAUGUUGCUGGUCUUUGAGGCCACGGUGUAUCGUCACCAGAUCCACCACUACCGUCAGCUCCAACGGACCCCCCCAACCAUACCGACUCUCUUCCCGUCUGCAAAGAGAGACACGCUGGACAAAGGCCUCGUCCCCUGCUUCAAGUACCUGCUCAACUACGCCUUUUACAAGUUCGGCUUGGAGAUUUGCUUCCUGAUGACGGUGAAUGUGAUUGGUCAGCGGAUGAACUUUUUGGUCAUAAUCCACGGCUGCUGGAUGGUGGCCCUGUUGGUGAGGCGGCGGCGAGCAGCUAUCGCCAAGAUCUGGCCAAAAUACUGCAUCUUCCUGUCCAUCUUCAUGAUCUACCAGUACCUGCUGUGUGUGGGCAUCCCUCCUGCUCUCUGCCAAGAUUACCCAUGGAGGUGGAAUAACCAGCUGUUGAUGAGCUCAGCGCUUAUUAAAUGGAUCUACCUGCCUGAUUUCUACACUGUGCCCAACUCCAGGAACCUGAUAGCGGACUUCCUGCUGCUGAUGUGUGCCUCCCAGCAGUGGAAGGUGUUUGAGUGUGAGAAGCAGGAGGAAUGGAUGGUCCAAGGAGGAGAGAACACCGAUGAGCCUGACCCAAUGGAGGGUCAGCUCUUUAACCCUGCUCCUAACUUCAUCAACUGCAG